AUUAAUUUAUUUAUGUCUUAUACCCAACGUGGGUGCACGGUUAUUUUAAAAAUUGUUUUUUAUGUCAUGGCGAGCGUCUUGCUUAUGAGUUAUGACGAUAAAUCUUUCUCGAGUCUCUUCUGCCAGUUUUCUAUUUUUUAUUAGAAGGUCUGUGGGCUAAUUGAAUCUUGUUUGUUAGAGUAGUUUAAACAAUUUAAUCUCAACUGUUACAUAUUCUCUGUUGGGGGUUUUUUUUUUAAGACCGAAAACGCUCUAAUUGCUUGGAAGGCGACUAAUGAUCAAGUGUCCACUGCUGUUGAGUCGACAGUUUUUUGUAAACUUCUGUCUACAAGACAUCAUGCCGUUCUACGCUGUCGUAUACAGAAUGUCCAAAAGCGGAGCCGUUGCAUCGGAUUGGCCCACAGCACUUAGGUGGAAAGAUUCGGUGUCAAAUUCAUAUGCCAAAAAAUUUGCAGACAAGUCCGAAGCCGAAGAUUAUAUAAAAAAUAUGAACUUUGACAUAAUUGAUAAUAUUCAACAUUUUCUCGAAAAUUCUUCCAACAGAGGAGUAAAGAGAAAGUUGGAAGAAGACGGAUUACGAAAACAUGUUCAAAAUUUACACAAGAUAUUUGCAGAUAUGGAAACUUUCAUCGCAAAAAAAAGCGAAGCUAACGGAAAAUAUUUGUGUCAAAUAAAAGCCAUUAGCGGCGAUACUUUGUUGAAACUUAACAAGAUUGUUGAUGAAUAUGAAAACAAUGGUGAAGAAGUUGAAGUUCCAACGCCCAUCAAAAGCAAAAUGAAAAUUCAAUCUGCAGGGCUUGAUUUGCCAGGCUAUUCCAGUGGAAAUGACAUGAAUCUAAUAGACGGGACAUUAAAGCCGUUCAACUUUAACAGCAAUAACGAAGUAAUAGUGUACACGGAUGGCGCAUGUUCUAACAACGGCAAAAACAAAGCCAUGGCAGGAGCUGGCGUAUUUUUUUGUAAAGGUCACCCCCUGAACAUGUCCAAAAGAGUUCCGGGUCCACAGACAAAUAACAAUGCGGAAAUAUACUCGGCUAUAUUAGCUAUAGAUCAAGUAAAAUCGGCCGGUGUAGUUAAAGUAAAUAUUCAUACGGACUCAAAGUUUCUCAUCAAUUGUGUAACGGAAUGGAUGCCAAAAUGGAAAAAAAAAGGUUGGAUGACGUCCGACAAAAAUCCUGUGAAAAAUAAAGACAUGCUCGAGUCGUUGGAAGAAAAAAUCAAAUCGAUGGCCAAAGUUUCUUGGACUCACGUGCGUGGACACCAGGGCAUCGAAGGCAACGAAGAGGCCGACAAGUUAGCACGUUUGGGUGCCCAAGAAUAAUCUGUUGUUAUGUUACUUCUAUUAAUUUAUAAUUUAUAAUGUAUUCUUAUUGUGUUUGUCUAAAAUUUGCACCAAGUUUGUAUGAAACACAAGUUUUAUUAAAUUAUAACACUUUUGAUAAUAAGGA